CUCUUCUUCCUUACCAACAUUUCUCUUUUCUCUUUUCCUUUUUUUUUUUUUUCGCUUCACUCAUCUUCUUCCUCAUUGCAUUUCAAUUCCUCAUUUUCUCCAUUUUUUGGAAUAAUUUCUUCCUGAGUCCUGAUUACUGAUUACUGAUUACUGAUUCCUUCUCCGGUCGCCGGUCGCCGUCUAGAGGAAAGACGACGGUGGGGAUGGUGAUGGUGAUGGUGGAGAAGAGUCUGCUGUUUCUUCUUUUGUUUUUUAACUUUCACUUCACUUUUAGGGUUUUAGCCCUCUCACCGGAUGGUCUCUCGCUUCUUUCUCUUAAGUCAGCCGUCGACCAGUCGCCGGAUUCCUCUGUUUUCUCCGAUUGGAACGAGAAUGACUCUACGCCAUGCCAAUGGUCUGGCAUUUCUUGCAUGAAUGUUUCUGGUGACUCGCGAGUCGUUGGAAUUGCUCUUUCUGGUAAGAAUCUUCGUGGCUACAUUCCUUCUGAACUUGGUUCGCUUGUGUAUCUACGCCGAUUGAACCUUCAUAACAACAAUCUCUACGGUUCUAUACCUGAACAGCUGUUUAAUGCUACCUCAUUGCAUAGCCUGUUUCUCUACAGUAAUAAUCUCUCCGGUCCUUUCCCUCCAUCGAUCUGCAAUAUUCCGAGGCUUCAAAACCUCGAUCUCUCCAACAAUUCCCUUGCUGGACCAGUCCCCGACGAGUUGAGAAAUUGUAAGCAAUUGCAGCGAUUAAUACUCGCUAGAAACCAAUUCGAUGGAGAAAUUCCGUCUGGUGUUUGGUCUGGGAUGGAUAAUUUAGUUCAACUCGAUCUCUCUUCCAAUGAUUUCAGUGGAUCGAUUCCGGAGGAUCUAGGGGAACUGAAGACACUCUCCGGUACGCUCAAUCUCUCCUUCAAUCAUUUAUCGGGUAAAAUCCCGAAAACUCUAGGAGAUUUGCCGGUGACGGUGAGUUUCGACCUACGGAGCAACAACUUAAGCGGAAGUAUACCUCAAACGGGUUCGUUUGCGAAUCAGGGACCGACUGCAUUUCUCAACAAUCCCGAGCUAUGCGGAUUUCCUCUUCAGAAAUCUUGUGAGAAUUCGGAACGUGGCUCACCGGGAAAUCCCGAUUCUAAACCAUCUUACAUUACCCCUAGAAAAGGAUUGAGCGCCGGAUUAAUUAUUCUCAUCUCCGCAGCCGACGCCGCCGGAGUAGCGUUCAUCGGCCUGGUAAUAGUUUACGUAUACUGGCGACGGAAGGACAGUUCAAACGGCUGUAGCUGUACGUCGAAGAGAAAAUUCGGCGGGAAUCAGAAAGACGGUCUCUGUAAUUUUCCUUGUAUGAAUGGGAAUGAUAAGAACGAGGAAUCUGAAAUGGAGGAACCAGAGAACAGUGACAGAAGCAGAGAGGAAGGAGGGCUUGUAGCCGUAGACAAAGGAUUUACGUUCGAGCUCGAUGAGCUGUUGAGAGCGUCAGCGUAUGUGCUGGGAAAGAGUGGACUGGGAAUUGUGUACAAAGUGGUACUCGGAAAUGGGAUUCCGGUGGCUGUACGGCGGUUGGGAGAAGGGGGAGAACAGAGGUAUAAGGAGUUCGCGGCGGAGGUACAGGCCAUUGGAAGGGUAAAACAUCCGAAUAUCGUGAAAUUGAGAGCUUACUAUUGGGCGCCGGAUGAGAAGCUUCUGAUCAGUGACUUUAUCUCCAAUGGAAACUUGGCCUCUGCUCUUCGCGGAAAAAACGGGCAGCCAUCUUCAAGCCUUUCAUGGUCAACAAGACUACGAAUAACCAAAGGAACCGCACGAGGAUUAGCCUAUCUCCAUGAAUGCAGCCCAAGAAAAUUCGUCCAUGGCGACAUCAAACCCUCCAACAUCCUCCUCGACAACGAUUUCCAUCCCCACAUCUCUGACUUCGGCCUCAACCGUUUAAUCAGCAUCACCGGCAACAACCCCUCCUCCUCCGGCGGCCUCAUCGGCGGCGCCUUCUCCUACCUCAAAUCCGUCCAAACCGACCGCACCAACAACUACUGUGCGCCGGAGGCCCGAGCCCCCGGCGGCCGCCCCACCCAAAAAUGGGACGUAUAUUCCUUCGGCGUCAUGGUCCUCGAAUUACUCACCGGAAAGUCCCCGGAGCUUUCGCCGAACACGUCGACUUCUUUGGAAAUUCCAGAUUUGGUGAGAUGGGUUAGGAAAGGAUUUGAAGAAGCAAAGCCAUUAUCGGAUUUGGUUGAUCCUGCUCUGUUACAAGAAGUACAUGCUAAGAAAGAAGUGCUCGCCGUAUUCCACGUUGCGCUCGCUUGUACAGAGAGCGAUCCGGAGGUUCGGCCCAGAAUGAAGACAGUGUCGGAGAGUUUUGAUAGGAUUGGAUCGUGAAAAAAUGAUUGGCCGGCCGCCAUUGUUAUGCUGCCUCAAGCUUCUCUGAUGUAAUUGGGAUUAUGAACUUGCAUGCAGAAGCCUAUAAUUUUUUUUAGAGGAGAGUCUGGGAAGACGACAGGGAAAUUUAGAUUGAGGUCAGAAUUGUCCAUGGAGAUUUGAGGGGGUUUUAAUUCCUUUGAUUUUGUAAUUGUUUUUUGUUCUUAUUGUAUCUCUUAUGGUAUAAUUUGUUUUUGCUUUUACAUUUUGCAAUGACGAAUGAGGAAAGUUAGGUAUAAAAUGUUCUGCAACUUGAAAAUUUUCUGUCACAUUUCUUUAUAAGAUAAUGGAAAUAAUAAAUGACUAUACGGUAUCUUCUUCGUG